CAACUCGAGGUCAGCAAAAGAAACUGCAACUGGUGACUGCUCUGCAGACACACGCCACUAGGCAGCGUCCGAGAUCCGAAUCGCACACAACCGGCACGGACACAGGCGCACACACAAUGGCGACAGUUGACACCACGCUCCCGGGCAAUACAUCGGGCGCCGCAGCCGCGCUCGCGGCCGCGCACAGCGCAGAACACCCGCUGAAGCUGUACGGCGGGUGGUUCUGCCCGUUCGUGCAGCGGGCGUGGAUCGUGCUGGCCGAGAAGCGCAUCCCGCACCAAUACGUCGAGAUCAACCCGUACCACAAGGCGCCCGAGUUCCUCGCGCUCAACCCGCGCGGACUGGUGCCGACGCUCGAGGUGCCGCCUGCCGACGCCGACGCCAACAACAACAAGAACAAGCAGCCUAAGCCGCUCUACGAGAGCACCGUCGUGUGCGACUACCUGGACGAGGCGUUCGCCGACCCGGGCCCCCACGGCCCGCGCCUGCUCCCCGAAAACGACGUCUACGAGCGCGCGCGCUGCCGCCUGUGGAUCGACCACAUUUGCUCGCGCGUCGUGCCGGCCUUCUACCGCCUGCUGCAGCACACGGGGGACAAGCCGUACAGCCUCGACGAGGGGCGGCGCGGGCUGCACGGACACCUGCGGGCGUUCGCGGACGAGAUGCUGGAACAUGGCGACGAGGACGGGGGAGGCCCGUGGUUCCUGGGCGCGCGGUUUGGUCUAGUCGACGUGAUGCUCGCGCCGUGGGCCAAGCGGCUGUGGCUGAUCGACUACUACAAGACCGGCGGCACGGGAAUUCCGUCGGCGGCUGGUACGCCCGGCGACGACGCGACGUGGGCGCGUUGGCGCCGCUGGUUUGAUGCUGCUGUCAGCCGGCAGAGCGUAGUCGAUACGUGGAGCAGCGAGGACCAGUAUGUCGAGGCGUACAGGCGCUAUGCGGACGACACGACGCAGUCUGAGGUCGGGCAGGCGACGAGGCAGGGUAAGAGCCGGCUGCCUUAGUUGUUGCUCGUUUGCGUGCAGUCGGGCGCGGUUAGUAUAGAGGUUGGUUCUGUGAGGUUUGAGUUGG